AUGUAUGUUCCCACUUCUAUUUCAGAGUUGAAUACAUUUUUGGGGAUAAAUUUGCUCAUGGGUCUAAAGCAUUCCCCCAGUUAUAAGGAUUACUGGUCAAGCGGGCCAGAUCUCAAAGACCAUUACGUUUCUUCUCUUAUGAGCGUAAAGCGUUUCAGCUGGUUGCUAUCCCAUGUACACAUAAACGAUAACUCUGCUAUGCCUGACCGCGGAUCUCCUAAUUUUGACAAACUGUAUAAAGUACGUCCAUUGAUAGAUUUAUUGCUGAGAAAUUUUCAGAGGUGCUUACUUCCGAGCCAGCAAGUCGCUAUAGACGAAUCAAUGAUAAAAUUCAAAGGACGGAGUUCUUUGAAGCAAUAUAUGCCAAAAAAACCAGUGAAAAGGGGAUACAAAGUUUGGAUGCUAUGCGACAAAUCUGGAUAUUGUCUGAAAUUCGACAUCUAUACCGGCAAAACUAGCAGUCCGGAAAAAGCUCUUGGUGUCCGUGUUAUCACCCACCUUACAGUCGAUUUACGUAACAAGGAUCACAUUCUAUAUUUUGAUAACUUUUUCAACAGCGUGCCUUUGAUGGAAGAGCUGAAGAAGCAGAACAUUCAUGCUGUUGGUACAUUGAAUUUACAACGUAAAUAUCUUCCUACAUUCAAAGCAGAUAAAAUAAUGAAGCGCGGUGAUAUGCAAUGGUUCACAAGCAACACUGGAUUAGCAGUCAUAAAGUGCAAGGAUAAUAGGUCCCUACAUAUUCUUUCUAAUUAUCAUGAUCCUGAAAACGUUUGUGAAGUACAACGCAAGGAGAAGGAUGGUACUAUAAAACCGGUUACAUGUCCUGCCGCGGUCAUUGACUACAAUCAUAAUAUGAAUUUCGUAGAUAAAUUCGAUCAACUGCUGGCAAGCUACAAAACUGAUAGACGAAGUAAGAAAUGGUGGCAUAGAAUUAUGUUCUACCUUUUAGAUGCAGCGGUCGUAAACUCGUACUGUAUUUACAAACUGCUACAAUUACCACCAAUGUCUUCCAAAGACUUCCGACGUCAAGUCAUCAACAGUUUGGUUGCUGAAAAACUAGUAUCUCAUAAAAGAUCAUCUUCUCAAUCUAUAGUUCCAGUACAAAUUAAAAAAUCUAAGCCCUUUGUUCCCGCUGAAGUGCGACAUCAGUCUUCAAAACAUCAACCGGAGCGAAGCACGAGAAGACGAUGUGCAUUAUGUAGUUCAAAAGUUAAACAGUGCGCACUGACUGGAUUUGUUCAGUUUGCCAGGUACCUUUGUGUCUAG